AAGCUUAGAUAAGUGAGUUGCAGAAGCAGAAGAAGCAAGUUGAAGAAGAAGAAGAAGCUUCAGCUUACAGCUUUGUUUUAAUGGAGAUAGCACAAAAGGUAGCACUUCCUCUUCUCCUCACAAAAGGUUCCACUUCCAGACACCACUCUCAUUCUACCAAUGCUAUUUUUUCAACACCCACAACCUCCUCACCUUCUUCUUCUUCUUCUUCACCUCUCAUCCACCACCUCAAUUCCGACUCCACCUCCUCCUCCCGCCGCCGCACCUCCACCUCAAUCGGCAAGUCCUCCGACCCCAACCGCGGCAAGCCUUGGUUCAACCACCACCGUCUCUCUCCUCCAGCUCAGCGUCUUCUUCAAACCCUAACCGAUGCUCAAUUCCACGAUGACUCUCUCGAAUUGGACCACCUUCUAGAAUCUCUCUUCGACCACCACCAGCAGCAACUUCCAAAUUCCUUAUCCUCUGAUAUUCUCGCCAUAAUCAAGGCCUUAGGGUUUCACAAGAAAUACGACCUUGCUUUCUCCGUCUUCGAUUGGGUUCGCCGCAGAGAGAAGGAGCAACCUAACUCCGCCUCCCCUUCUCUCUUGUCUGGCUCCUCCAUCGCCGUCAUCGUCAACAUUCUCGGCAAAUCGGGUCGGGUAUCCUGUGCUUCCUCAUUGCUCCACACUCUCCGGCACGACGACGGAGUCGAGGUAGACGUCUAUGCCUAUACUUCAUUGAUAUCUGCUUUUGCCAGCAAUGGCAGGUACAGGGAUGCAGUCAAUGUCUUUAACAAGAUGCAGCAAGAAGAUGGCUGCACUCCUACAUUGAUUACUUACAAUGUCAUUCUCAGUGUUUAUGGCAAGAUGGGCAUGCCUUGGUCUAAGAUCAUGGCUCUUUUUGAUUCCAUGAAAAAUAAUGGGGUUUCCCCUGAUUUAUAUACUUACAAUACCCUCAUUAGUUGUUGUCGUCGCGGUUCUUUGUACCAAGAAGCUGUGGAACUCUUUGAACAGUUGAAGCUUGCCGGGUUUUCGCCCGAUAAGGUUACCUAUAAUGCGCUGUUGGAUGUGUUUGGCAAGUCUAGACGCCCCAAGGAGGCUAUGCAGGUGCUAAAGGAGAUGGAGAGUAAUGGAUUCUCUCCCACUUGUGUGACUUAUAACUCGCUGAUAUCGGCUUAUGCCAGAGGUGGUUUGCUGGAGGAGGCUACACGCCUUAAGAACCAGAUGGUGGAGAAAGGGAUUAAACCGGAUGUGUUUACCUACACCACCCUUUUGUCGGGAUUUGAGAGAGCCGGGAAGGAUGAGUUCGCAAUCAAAGUUUUCGAGGAGAUGAGAGCCGCAGGAUGCAAGCCUAAUAUUUGCACCUUCAAUGCUCUUAUCAAGAUGCAUGGUAACCGGGGGAAGUUUGCGGAGAUGAUGAAGGUUUUUGAGGAUAUCAAGGUGUGCAAGUGUUCGCCCGAUAUUGUUACUUGGAACACCCUUUUGGCUGUGUUUGGACAGAAUGGAAUGGACUCCGAAGUCUCCGGAGUAUUCAAAGAAAUGAAGAGAGCAGGGUUUGUGCCGGAGAGGGACACCUUCAACACCCUGAUAAGUGCUUACAGCAGGUGUGGUUCCUUUGAUCAAGCAAUAGACGUUUAUAAGAGCAUGCUGGAAGCAGGGGUGGCUCCUGAUCUUUCUAGCUACAAUGCUGUUUUAGCUGCAUUGGCUCGAGGAGGGCUUUGGAAACAAUCCGAGAAAGUCCUUGCAGAAAUGGAGGAUGGCUGGUGUAAACCUAACGAGUUGACCUACUCUUGUUUACUUCAUGCUUAUGCCAAUGCUAAGGAAAUUGAAAAGAUGAAUGCUUUGGCCGAGAGAAUAUACUCUGGCUCUAUUGAGACACAUGCUGUUCUUUUGAAGACCCUUGUACUAGUAAAUAGCAAGAGUGAUCUCCUAAUGGAAACAGAGCGCGCCUUUUCGGAGUUGACGAAAAGAGGAAUUUCGCCCGACAUAACUACUCUGAAUGCAAUGAUUUCAAUAUAUGGGAGGAGGCAAAUGGCAUCUAAAACCAAUGAGAUUCUGAAUUUCAUGAGUGAGAGUGGAUUCACUCCAACUCUGACUACUUAUAAUAGCCUGAUGUACAUGUACAGUCGUUCUGAAAACUUCCAAAAAUCAGAAGAAAUCUUACGGGAGAUUCUGGAGAAAGGUAUGAAACCUGAUAGAAUCUCAUACAACACGGUCAUCUAUGCAUAUUGUAGGAACGGUAGGGAGAAAGAAGCGACACGGAUAUUUUCCGAAAUGAAGGAUUCUGGUCUUGUUCCUGAUGUUGUAACAUACAACACGUUUAUUGGAACUUAUGCUGCUGACUCUUUGUUUGUCAAGGCUAUUGAGGUAGUUCGAUACAUGAUAAAGCAAGGAUGCAAGCCAAACCAAAAUACUUACAACUCCAUAGUUGAUUGUUACUGUAAGCUCAAUCAGCAAGAGGAGGCAAAAGAGUUCGUUGAAAACCUUCCUAAUCUUGAUCCACAUGUUUUCCCGGAUGAACAGAGAAGGUUGCUGGAGAGAAUAGCAAAUAAAUGGCAGUAAGUUGUUCCAUGUCCUAUACCUGAAAGAUGCACAUAUUAUAAUUGAUGUUCUUCAACGGGUGGCACCAUGCAUGUUUCUUGAGGCUGCUAUAAUUUAGCUAUAGGGUUGCUUUAUAUAUGUAAACAAUAUUCAAUCAUUUUAUUGAUGUACCAUACUAGCUGUACAGGAACUUUCAGUUGUUUGUAUGUGCAAAAACAUUGCAAAUUGGCAUAUAUGCCAU